GGCCAGUCGACCCUCGAUAGUAAAUUGCUGCUUAACUUAAGUGCUAACUGAAAAAGGAAAAUGGAAAACUUCUGUGCAAAGGUGUGCAGAUUCUGCCUGCACACUGAUACCCUUUUAAUGCUGAUUGAUCAGAAUCUGAUCGCUAAGAUUGACCGUGUCUUUUACUUCAAGUUAACUCUAGAUUCCCAAUGUUCGUUCCUAAUAUGUGCAGCGUGCAAGGCGGUCAUCGAGGAGUUUCACGACUUUGUUGAGCAAGUAGAGCGCAAUCUAGUAACGCUGAGCGAUGGUUUAAGAUUAGCAAAGCAACCGGAUCCGGUAAAAUCCGAUCCUGCUUGGAAUACAAUUCAGUUCGAAGUACUGUGCGAGUCAGAGACAACGGAUAACGCUCCACAAAACAUCAAUCUGCUUUCUGCCGCCCAAUCUCUCGUCGAAGCGUUUAAUGAAUUCGAUCAAGGCUGGACGCUCGCAGAGAACGUAAUUAAAACCGGCGAGGAAAAACAAGCUCCUGAGGUCAAGAAUGUUCACUUAGCGAAAAAAGCGUCGCCCGAAAUGAAAGAGAAUUCAGUUAAAAAUCAACAAAUGUGCUCCAAAGGUGGCGAAAUAAGCAAAGUCAGUAAACUUAUACCAUCGCCGGCAGAAGCACGCAUCGAUUCCGAGCUCACCAAUGAUCAGCUGGUACUGCGCCACUACGAUCUGUCAUGUGAUCUUUGCUCGACACCAUUAACCGAUUUUGGUGCACUACGAAAGCACUAUCGCUACGAGCAUAACUGCUCUGGGUAUCUUCUUUGUUGUAACAAGAAAAUUUACAAAAAAUGCUGGAUGAUAGAACACCUGCAGCUGCACCUCGAUCCGGAUGCAUUCCGUUGUUCGCUCUGCCAUAAGAGUUACUCUUCAAGCAAAGUUCUGAAGGAGCACAUUAAAGAGGUUCACGCAACGGCUGCCGAUCGUACGUUGCACUGUGACACUUGCCAGAAAGCGUUUGUCUCUAAAGCACACCUCAAUGCUCACGCAAUGGUAGCUCACGGAUCCGUGCCGUGUCCAGAGUGCGGGAAAGUGCUGGCUAGUCUUGGCUCGCUUCGUAAGCAUCGCGUUGCAAUGCACGGCGAGGGAGAGAAGCAUGUGUGUGAGGUGUGUGCACGGGUAUUUCGCACAAAACAGUGCUUUUUGGUGCAUCGCAAGCAUCAUGAAGGUCGGCGGAUGGAUAGCAGGGUCCAGUGCGGCGUUUGCCGGGUUUGGCUAACGGAUAAGUAUUGUCUCACGAAACACAUACGUCGCAUGCACACGGUAGCCGACUGCUCGUUGGAACCUUGCGUCGUCUGUGGCAAACAGCUGCGCAAUAGGGACGCUUUGGCCUACCACACGCGCCGCGCACACGCUGAAACUCGCUACGAAUGUGAACUCUGCCACAAGCGCUUCAAAUUACCACACUACAAACGGGAACACAUUGCCAUAUGUCAUACCGGUGAGGCGCUGUAUGGCUGUCCGUAUUGCACGCAACGUUUUAGCACGAAAAACAAGCAAUAUCUGCACCGAAAAACAGCCCAUCCGGCAGAAUACGAAGCGGAAGUUAGGAAACGCAUUCGGAGAGAGUAGGUCAUACCAAAUCGAAGUUCUUAAUAUA